UACCGGCAGUUCUUUUGGGUUUUGUUUGGUCAAAGUCUCUUUCUGAACCGGGACACCGGUUCUGAUUAUUUAGAGUUAUCACAAACGCGUCAUUAGCGCGGCGUGUGUCGUUGCCUGAUUUCCGGGCAGACCCUGAACGCAGCAGCAGCGUGUUUUCGGAGCUGGGCGUGGGGGCUCCCGCUCUGCUGACCGUGGAGGCUCGGUGCUCGGCGUGCGGGGCAGCGCUGCUCUGGCGGGAAACCAAAGACCCGGGGGCGGCGGGAAACCGGGAACGCGGAGCGGAAGGAUCGUCUCUUCGAGCGGGAAACGCCGUUGUCGUCGCGGUGAGCAGCAGACAUGACGGAGUACAAGCUGGUGGUGGUCGGAGCUGGAGGCGUGGGGAAGAGCGCGCUCACCAUCCAGCUCAUCCAGAACCACUUCGUCGACGAAUACGACCCAACUAUAGAGGACUCCUACCGGAAGCAGGUGGUGAUCGAUGGGGAGACGUGCCUACUGGACAUCCUGGACACCGCAGGUCAGGAGGAGUACAGCGCCAUGCGGGACCAGUACAUGCGGACGGGGGAGGGCUUCCUCUGCGUCUUCGCCAUCAACAACACCAAGUCGUUUGAGGACAUCCAUCAGUACAGGGAGCAGAUCAAACGGGUGAAGGACUCCGAUGACGUCCCCAUGGUGCUGGUGGGGAACAAGUGUGACCUCCCAGUGCGCACAGUAGAAACCCGGCAAGCCCAGGAAUUAGCCCGGUCCUACGGCAUCCCUUACAUCGAGACCUCUGCAAAAACCCGGCAGGGAGUUGAAGACGCUUUCUACACUCUGGUCAGGGAGAUCAGGCAGCAUAAGCUAAGGAAAUUGGACCCCCCCGACAACGGCGGUGAGGACUGCAUGAGCUGUCGGUGCGUGGUCUCCUGAUCCAGGAAGGAGGAGGACGGCUGCAGCGCCUCAAAACUGUACUCAGCAGAAGAACCUCAGAAGCCGCAGAGUCUGGAGGACAGAAGCUUUGGCCUUCGCCGCUCUCAGCUUACCCCCCCCCAUCCCUCGCCUGUCAUUUUGAGUUUUUGUUAUCUACAUCUCUAAAGACUCCGCCCCCUCGUUUCUGCUAACUUAUUGUUUACGGUCUCAACACUGUUUUUAUUCCAAGUCCUGCUGGAAGAACUGACUGGUCUGUAUCUGAAUGAACGGGGAGAGGGGGUUGUUUUCCCGACAUACCUCCACUUGGUGAAAAAAAA